AUGGGGGCCACCGAGGAGCUAGUGCCCCUCGUGACAGUCUAUGGGCAGGAAGCAAUUCCAGAGAUGGCAGCUGAGGCAACUCCGGCACUUGCUAAGGCUGACAAGAAACCCACAGGAGGAGUCAAGACUGAGGAGAACAGUCAUAUUAAUUCGAAGGUGGUGGGACGAGAUGGUUCUGCGGUGAGGUUUAGGAGACAUACACAACUUAGUAAACCAAUGAAAGCCUUUUGUGAACAACAGGGUCUGUCAAUGAGGCAGAGCAGUUUCCGGUUUGAUGGGCAGCCAAUCAACGAAACAGACACACCUGCACAGUUGGAAAUGGAGGAUGACGGUACGAUUGAUAUGUUCCAGCAGCAGAGGGGAGAGGUCUACUGA